AGAAAACAUUAUUUUUUUCAUACCAUGCCUUUUAAUUAUUAUACAAUCACAAAACAUGCCAUAAUAACACAACAUUGGGUAGCUGAAUGCCUACAAGAUUAAAGCUCAAAAAAAAAAGGAAGAAGUUACCUGUCACAUUUUUAGGUUAUAUUAUGAAUCAACUCAAAUACCUAUAAACUUUUAUUUAUUACAAUCCAAUAUUAAUAAAUAAUGGUUAUCGCUUUGGGAUUCGAGGGAAGCGCUAAUAAACUAGGUAUAGGCGUAAUCAAAAAUGGCAAAGUGUUAUCGAAUUGCCGGCGAACGUACAUUACACCGCCGGGUGAAGGUUUUCUACCCAAAGAAACGGCGCAGCAUCACAGAGAAAACGUACUGAUCGUUCUAAAAGAGGCCUUAGAAGAAUCCCAGGUAAAGCCCGAAGAUAUAGACGUUAUCUGCUAUACAAAAGGACCCGGUAUGGGAGCUCCUCUAGCCACUGUAGCAGUGGUUGCGAGGACUGUUGCUCGAUUGUGGAACAAGCCUAUACUGGGAGUCAACCACUGCAUAGGACAUAUUGAAAUGGGUAGGUUGAUAACAGGCGCAAAUAAUCCCACUGUAUUGUAUGUUAGCGGAGGUAACACGCAAGUAAUAGCAUACGCUCGAAAGAAAUAUAGGAUAUUCGGUGAGACGAUAGACAUAGCAGUGGGCAAUUGCUUAGACAGAUUCGCCAGGGUUAUCAAGAUAUCCAACGACCCAAGCCCCGGCUACAACAUAGAACAACUAGCCAAGAAAGGCUCGAAACUAGUCCAAUUGCCUUACUGCGUUAAAGGAAUGGACGUAAGCUUCUCCGGAAUCUUAUCCUUUAUGGAAGAAAAAACCGAGCAACUUUUGAAAGAAGGCUACACCCCCGAAGAUCUCUGUUUCUCAUUACAAGAAACGAUUUUCGCUAUGCUGAUAGAAACCACCGAAAGGGCCCUGGCUCACUGCAAUUCGAACGAAGUGCUAAUCGUAGGCGGCGUGGGUUGUAACCUGAGACUGCAGGAAAUGAUGGGCAUCAUGUGCAACGAGAGAAACGCCCGGCUAUUUGCGACAGACGAACGGUUUUGCAUCGACAACGGCAUCAUGAUUGCGCACGCAGGAGCGGAAAUGUUCGCGGCAGGCGUAAGAACUAAGUGGCAGGAUUCGUUUAUAACGCAAAGGUACAGGACCGAUGAGGUGGAAACGGUUUGGAGAACUGAUUGAAUUUGAAUAUUUUCAAUGAUAAAUGUCUCGAUAAGUUCGAGUUUGAAUUAAUCUUGUUCGUUUUAUAUCUAGAAUUAAUAAUUUUAAUAAAAUAUGAAAUUUUCG